AUGAAUAAUCAAACUCCAAGUCCUCAGCCGGGUACAACUUUGGCUGCGUCGAAUGCUCCUUCUGACGCUGCUUCUGACACGGAUGGCCCGAUCGCCGAAGAAGCACUGCCGCAUCAAAGAGAAGCUGCCGAUUGCAAUGUUGAACAUCGCCCGCAGAAUUAUCAACCUCCACGUCGAGGCCUGCAGCCUACUACCUCUCCUAAAUCGCGUGGCGAUCUCCCAGGACACUCAUCUCGUCAUUCAGAAGGCCCUACAAUACAAAACGUGUUCACCGGGGAUAGCUCUACAAUUGGACUUACAAGAGAAGUUUUCGGUUUCAACGACUCUCAGCAUGACUCUAUAACCUCAGCCAUGCCGGGUGGGGCAAGCCAACCUUCUUCGGACAAUGUCGGGUUCCAGAAGUCGAUCACUGAGACCGCUCAAUUGCCUCCAGCCGCUGUGGUAGAGGCUUUAAUUGACUCAUACUUUGAUACCGUUCAUUGGUUUAUGUUUAUUCUUCACGAGAACUCAUUUCGAGAGCAAGCCAGACGCAUCAUAGCAAAGGCCUCUUCCGACCUCACAGCUGAAGAUGCCGAGUUCAUAACCUUGCUUAUGAUGGUACUUGCAUUUGGUGCACAGUAUGCAGCCAAGAACCCUAGAUGGAAGUUUAGGGCAGUUAUUGAGAAGCACUCAAUUGACCUCCAUGCCCUAACCGAAAACCUGAUCCAGCACGUGCGAUCUCGUUUAUUAGACAGCCUCGAGCGAUGUCAGGUUGAGGUUGUACAAAUCUGUGUUCUGCUGGGCACAUUCUAUAUAUAUCACGGAAAGCCAAACUUGUCGUGGUCAAUUCUUGGCUUGGCUGUCAAAUGUGCUUAUGCCUUGACUAUGCAUCGCGAAGUUGACUGGCGCGGUAGCAAUGUUGUAUUACAGACCCGUAAAAGGGCUUGGGCACAUACUUUCAUUUCCGACACCUUUGCAGCUGUAAUAUAUGGUCGGCCACCCACUGUUAACCGCGCAUUUUGCGAUAUUUCAUUCCCAGACGAGUUUGAUGAUACACAAAUCCCGAUGCCGCUUCGAGCUCUUGCCGAGCGGUUGAACAGUGGUAAAUCAAUAUCGAAGCUCACUUUUCAUACUCAUAAAUACCGUCUGUAUGACCUAAAGGCUCAAAUUGUCAACAAGAUUUACACUUUGAGUGGUCGAGCGGGGUUCUCGGCCGCAAAGGGCAUUGUGAAGCUGGUGAACACUAUUCAUGGGCUCGACAAGCGAUUACGGGACUGGUACGAUGGUCUACCACCUUUUUUCAAAUACGCCGAAUGGAAAGACAUGCAAAGAGAUCCUUUUGAUGAACUUGAAAAGUCAGAAGCAGCGAUUCCCGCUUCUCAGGAGCGUUCUAAGCGCCAUUUGAUAUUGCAAGCAAUCUCCUUGCAAGUCUCGUACGACAACAUUUUAAUCUUACUACACCGUCCACUACUUGAAUACAAGAUGUCAUCUCACAGGGAAGGAAGUUCACCAGAGGUAGCCACUAACGACCCUUUUGCCUACUCGUUCAACACUUGCAUGUCCGCGGCAAUGCGAAUUUCUCGCACGCCCGCCCAUAAGUUUGAGAACGACAUGCCCUUAGCACUUAUGUCCACGCAUAUGUUUACUGCUGGUGUCAUUUUAUGCAUUCCGGCGACUAUGAGUCCUUUCAGCUCUCUUGCACACAACGCCAAAGCUGGAGUUGUAAGGAUCAUCCAGAUGCAUAAGAGAUUAUCGAAACAUACACAAAUAGCCCUACAGAGCCACACCAUCUUGGAAGAGCUCAUGAAAGUUGCGAUCAAGCGUGAGCUUGACAUGAUGUUACAACCUACUGAGCAUCAGCAAUUGCGUAAUAACUAUGAAGAGCGCAUGGGGUCCGGCUUGACGUACGUAUCCACGGCAGGUGAAUCGACCCCCGUCUUGUUACCUUCGGGCGGCAUGGUCUCAGGGACUGUCGCUUCCCGCAAUGGCCAGCUGUAUGCGAAUCAGACUUUGCCAGAUGGACAGCGGCCGUCAGGAGAGUCCCAAUUGGCCCUAGGCGCAAUGGCUGAGCACAAUAGUUCUUUGGAAUUUGACGCGCAUUCAUCUGGAAUGGCGAGUUAUUCUGUGCCAGUACUUACAAAUACUAACAAUGUUCCUCUUUCACAUCCUAUAUAUGAGGGGUCUACAUCUGCCAUUUCACCUGAUGGUGUUGAUUACGGUCAGAAUUACAACGACCUGGGUGCUGAGCCGGAUAAUGGAUUCAAUAGCGCGUUCGGUGCCUUAGAGAAAGUUAUGUACGAUCUUGCGCCUUCAGAGUGGCUCGACCCUGCAUGGAUGCAUCCUCUCGCAAUCAGUGAUCUACAAAGUCCCACCGAACAUCGGCCGCAAGACGGCCUUUCAGGAUCAGCAGGUACCAGCCAGGCUGGGCUACCUGCAGCUGUCGAACCCCGUGAGAUCUCUGAGGAAUCUCGAGCUUCGCUGCCGGCUAUCCAUGGCGGAGCGGCCGCCGAAAGGCACAUUGGUGCUACUAGCCUCCAUAAUUUCGCGGAAGCUGGACCCUCAUGGCUGUGGGGUCUGAACAGAAUUACAUGA